GAUCGGUAAGUGUUAUUUAAAUUGGCAACAAGCUGAUGCCUAAAUGUAGCUAGCUAGCUAUCAGCUAAUAUCUGUUGAGCGUUCAAAGGCGUACGUACCAGCGGCGUCUAGAUUCUGACAAUCUCAUUAAAUCAUAAGAAGCUGAUUCAAGAUGGCUGCUCCUAACCACACAAUUUACAUCAACAACCUCAAUGAGAAGAUCAAAAAGGAUGAACUCAAGAAGUCCUUGUAUGCCAUCUUCUCUCAGUUUGGUCAGAUCCUCGACAUCGUAGCUCUCAAGACUCUCAAGAUGCGAGGUCAGGCCUUUGUUAUCUUCAGAGACAUCACCUCAGCUACCAGCGCUCUACGAUCCAUGCAGGGCUUCCCUUUCUAUGACAAACCAAUGAGGAUAGGUUACUGCAAAACCAAGUCAGAUGCCAUCGCCAAGAUGCAAGGAACCUACGUCCCAAGAGAGAAGAGAGUAGAGAAGAAGAAGGUCGAAGAGCCGGUCAAGGGAAGGAAGAACAGGCAGAACAGACACGCGGACGUGGUCAUCCCCCCUCCCUCACAGAUCCCUAUGCCUGGAGCUCCCCCAGCAGCCAACCAGCCCCCACCCCUCCUGGGUGAGAUGCCCAUGCAGAUGGGACAACCUCCCAUUCAAGUACCAACGGCGCCAGCACCAGUUGUUCCUGAUGAGCCUAAUAACAUCCUCUUCCUCACAAACCUACCUGAAGAAACCAAUGAACUCAUGCUGGAGGUCUUAUUCAAACAAUUCAACGGCUACAAGGAAGUCCGUCUCGUGCCUGGGCGACAUGACAUCGCGUUUGUGGAGUUCGCCAACGAGCAACAAUCGGGAACGGCCAAAGAUGCGUUACAAGGAUUCAAAAUCACACCGACAAACACUCUUAAAAUCGCUUAUGCCAAAAAAUAGUUGCAUUCCCUUUAUGUCUAUGACUAAAACUGAACAUGUACUGUUGCCUAUCAUUUUGAGAUUCCCGUUAAUUGUGGCAAAAUGGUAUAUUUCAAUUUUUGUUACUGGGUUGAAAGUUAUGUAUGUCUGACUUUCAACGUAAUUCAUUUCUUUUAUUUAAAGGCCCACUGUGUUGUAGCUAUUUG